AGAAUUCGCUGUAACGUCACUUCCGCCAGAUACCCAAGAUGGAGGCGAGUGGUUUGAAGCUGAGUUUCUGGGAGAACGGACCGAAGCCGGGCCAGUUUUACUCUUUCUCCGGCGGCAGCAGCAGCAGCGGGCCGGUCCCGUCAUGCGGACCCGUCAGACACACACUUAACCCCAUGGUCACCGGGACGUCGGUGCUCGGGGUGAAGUUCAGCGGGGGGGUCGUCAUAGCGGCCGACAUGUUGGGCUCCUACGGCUCCCUGGCUCGGUUCAGGAACAUCUCCCGUCUCAUGAAGGUGAACAACAACACCAUCCUGGGAGCGUCAGGAGACUACGCCGACUACCAGUACCUCAAACAGGUCAUCGAACAGAUGGUGAUCGACGAGGAGCUGCUGGGCGAUGGACACAGCUACAGCCCGAAGGCCGUCCACUCCUGGCUGACCAGAGUCAUGUACAACCGACGCAGCAAGAUGAACCCUCUGUGGAACACCGUGGUGAUCGGAGGCUUCUACAACGGGGAGAGGUUUCCUGGUUACGUGGACAAGCUGGGUGGCUAUAGGUCCCACAUGGCCAGCUCGGCUGUGAAGGUGUUUAAACGGUGCGGUUGUUUUUUACAGCCACUGAUGAGGGAGGUGCUGGAGAAAAAAGCUGAGAUCACCAAGCAGGAGGCUCGAGAUCUGGUGGAGCGCUGCCUCAAAGUGUUGUACUACAGAGAUGCUCGCUCCUACAACAGGCACGAGAUCGCCAUCGUCACGGAGGACGGCGUGGAGAUCGUGGGUCCUCUGUCGUCAGAAACCAACUGGGACAUCGCCCACAUGGUCAGCGGCUUUGAAUGAAGACGAGCGUCAACUGUUUCUCUGCUGCAUGAAAACCGACUCUGCUCUUCUCUCCAGUUUAGUUUGUGUCUGAUGUUCACUGUCACUUUUGUAUAACGGAAAAUAAAUACGAAUAAAAACUGA